UAGUUGAACACUUGAUGAAUCCAUGACAACCUUAAACAGCUUACGAGAAAAUGGCGAUAAAGAUUUGUUUUGAUGAGAAGUAUUGCUACAAAUUGUGAAAUAUGGAUUGAAACGUAACUUAUGAUUUUAACAAUUCGAUAUUUUUACAGCUAAUUUUCCUGCAUGAAUUCUUGAACAUACAUAUACACACACCAGUAAGAUGCCUACUGGAUUUGAGAAGCAGACUGCCCAGAGGGCUACAGACUGUGGGGAAACGCCGCCCUACGACAGCAAAGUUACGGCCCCCAGGAAUCCCAAGCUGAUACGAGGUCCUAAAGAAGAAAUUAAGAUGACCCCUUCUUCAUUUAUGAAAGAGAUAUCACAAACAACAGAAGAGAAGCUUGCAAACACACAUUCAAUGUACAUUCCUAAGAUAAUUGAACUCAUGGAUAUGGGUGAUAACACUCACCAAAAGUUCUCAAUGGUUGAUAUAGAUGAGCCAUUGUUCCAGCCCUUCCCUUCAGAGAUCACAUUCCAACAAUUUGAGCCUCACAUCAUUUAUGAAGUCCCUCUUCUACUAAGAAAUAAUGACAAGGUUUCGCGCCUAGUCAAAGUGUACCAAGCGGACUCGCCCUACUUCAAGAUCAUCAGUCCCCCGGAUGUAACGACCAAGGUUGCUCCUGGAAUGGCAACAAUCUUCAGAAUACAGUUCACUCCGUCAGAGAAAAGGGAUUAUAUCCAUGAACUGAUCUGCAUGACAGAGAGGGAGAAGUUUGUAGUCCCAGUGAAGGCCAUUGGUGCCAGGGCCAUGCUGGAUUUCCCUGAUGAGGUCAACUUCUCUAUGUGUCCUGUCAAGUACCCUAGCACAAAGACAUUACUGGUCAGGAACAUAGGCAACAAGGAUGCCCACUUUGCACUCUAUGCCUCAGGACCAUUCUCGGUCUCGCCAGAAAAUGGGAUUUUGGCAGUCAACGACAGUCUUCAAGUAGAAUUGACCUUUCAACCUUUGACCGUUGGAGAUCACAACGAUGACCUUGUCAUUAACUUUGACUCAGGUGAAGACAUCUGUGUGAAUCUCUAUGGUGGCGCCUACGAUGCCAAUGUGCGACUUGAUAAGAAUUCUUUGCGUAUUGAGAACACCUACAUCUCUAUGGCCAAUCAAAGGACAGUUACCAUCUCAAAUCGCAGUGAUGUCAUCGUGCACUACAAGUGGAAGCAGUGUGCGACGGCAGAGGAGGAGCAGCAGCAGAAACAAGGGUUUUUUGGUCACAUUGAAUCCGAGCAGCAAAUGGAGCAUGAUGCGUUCCUCCAAGAAUGUAUAAUGGAUCCAACACUGAGGGAUCGUAUGGCUAUCCUUACACGAACAUUCCAGAACAGACGCACGCUUGUUCAAGGGGAUGAAUUGCUGUUCUCGGAUGAUGCUUUCACUAUCAUGCCAGAAGAGGGUGACAUUUGGCCAAAUUCCACCUGUGAGAUCAGUGUAGUUUUCAAACCUUCUGUCGCCAAGGCCUAUAAUCAGAUUGCCUACUGUGACAUUGUCGGUCGGGAAACCCGACUUCCACUGAGAUUGAAAGGAGAUGGAAUUGGACCCCAAGUAUUCUUCUCCUAUGAUACCAUGAACAUGGGCCACAUCUUCAUCAACUCCAAGCAUUCAUAUGAGGUGGUUCUUGGAAAUCGUGGAGAUAUAGAUGCUGCUUUCCGGCUAGUCCCCUCCGACUCCACUUUCGGGCCUUACUUCAACUUCUCUCCCAGCUCAGGAGUGCUUGAACCUGGAGCCUUCCAGGCCAUCGAUGUGACCUUCUCCUCCCCUCACCUGGGGGACUUUAGCGAGGACUUCUACUGGGAGGUGCAAGGGUUACCCUACCAGCACAAGCUCAACUUCAGGGGCUGCGUCAUAGGACCUACCUUCCAUUUCGAUGUCCCACGUCUUAAGUUUGGUACCAUUUCAUAUGGUUUCAAGAGCACGGAGGUAGCCACAUUGGUGAAUACAGCCCUGGUGCCCAUGAGUUUCAGCCUGAGAGUCCCUGGGGAUGGUGAGGGUGAUGUGGUGUCUGCUACCAGUGGUGAGGUAACCCUAGGAAGAUCCAACUUCAGUACUCCUGCAAAGGAAUUCCAGAUCAUCCCAUCCUCUGGCAUGGUUGAACCUCAGAGUGAGGUAAAGAUUGAGGUUGAGCUGACUUCCAAUUCUCUCAAGAAGUAUGACCUUGCCCUUGUUGUUGAUGUAGAUGGAGUAGGACAGGAGUUGUUGUCUCUUCCUAUAUCAGCUAAAUGUGUUGUGCCUUCCAUAUCGGUGGUGACUCCUAUCCUAGACUACACCCGCUGCUUCUUGAACCACCCAUAUGAACUCAGCGCUCGGCUCUGCAACGAUACAGACCUUCCAGCAAAAUAUGACCUCAUUCCUCAAGAAGUGGAUGAUAUGACACCCAUGCUGUUCAGCAGCCCGGAACCGACAGGGAUCUUACCCCCUCACACUACCCGUAGGGUACCCCUAGUCAUCACCCCUCAAGGGCUGGAGGAACUAGAAACAUAUGCAGAGUUCAGCAUCUUUGGUAGCAUGGAACCACCCCUGCAAGUGGUGUUGAAGUGCAUAGGGGAGGGGCCAGUGGUCCAUGUGACCCCAGCUGAGAUAGACUGGGGUCAAACUCAGGUCCUGAAAGACAUCUCAAGGGUCGUGACCUUAUCCAAUGAGUCUCUCAUACCUGCCCCUUUCUCAGCACGUAUGGUUCGUCCAAACACCUUGUGGAAGGUUGAACCAAGCGAGGGCGUGAUACCGCCUGAGGAUACUGUGGCUGUCAAGCUGACGGUCAAUCUGGAUGAUUGCAUCAGGUUCCAGGACAAACUAGCCAUUGAUUUCAAGGACAGCCAGACUAGGUCUGUCAAGGUCCAAGCCUACGGCCAUGGAACCACCAUAGUUGCAGAACCACCAAUGACCCCCAACAUUGAACUUGGUCAUCAUUUCAGUAGCAAGCCUAGUACCAGGACCUUCAAGUUGACCAACAAGGGACGACGUCAUCAGCAGCUCUUUUGGACCACAGAGGGCUUUGCUCCAAUCAAGAUCAAGAGCCGAGAACCAGAGUACAACCCUCUUGACGUCAAGUAUCAGAAAAUGCCCCCUCCUGCUCCACCCCCAAGGCCAGUGUUCAGUCUGACGCCAUCAAGGUUUGAACUGGAGGCUGGAGAGAGUAUCGAGGUUCACCUUGAAGGAGAAAGCUCAGAGCCAAAGACAGUGAAGGAGAGGAUGUUAUGUCAUGCUAUCAUCGGUAGAACCAGUGGGAAGGAAAAGAUUAUGAAGACGGACAUCAACAUCACCUUCAUCAGUCCUGUCUUAGAGUUCUCCUCCAAGCAAGUCUCCUUCAGGGUUGAUAAGCAUCCUGAUGAUGUGCUAACCAUGCAGUACAAUGAAUUGACAAUGACCAAUGUGUCAUCACUUCCUCUGCAUACCACCGUCAAUCUGGAGGAACCAUUCCAACUCAUUGAAAAUGGGACUGAAACCUUCUCUAGUCUGGAGGUACCUCUAGAGGUUGGUGAGAGUAAGCUGAUGACUAUUCAGUUUGACCCUGCCUAUCAGAAUGAUUCUCAUAGCCGUAUAGCUGAGAAACUACUGACUGUCACCUACCUAGAACAUCCACACACUGACUAUGUCAGUCUCCGUGGCGAGGUCUUCUUCCCAAACCUGACCUUUGAGAAGAUGCAGGUCAACUUUGGCUGCAUCCUGAAUGACACCGAGGUCACCCGAUACGUCAACAUCACCAACAACAGCCCCAUGGCCGUCAACUAUCGUUGGUCCUUCCUGGAACCAGAAACACCCAUCAUGCUUUACCCUCUUCCUGUCCCUGAGCCACAAGUUGAGCCUGUUGAAGAAUAUGACUCUGAAUCAGACGAUGAAAGUGAAGCAGAGACCCAUGUGGCCUUUGAAGAACCUCUAACAGGAGAUGAUGAUCAGCUAAAGGAGGAAGAACAGAAAGAUCAAGAGAAAGGUGAAGGAGGAGCAGAGAGUGGAGAGGAAAAGAUGGAUGAGAUGAAGGAUGCUGAUGACCCAACUCCUCCAGACAAUGUCAUUGAGAAGCUCCAGAUCAUCUCUCCCAAGCCUCCCGGUGACGACAUCGACAAGGCGACCCUCAAGUCCUCCAGCCUCGCUGAUGUGGCAUCGGAGAAGGAGAGCAAGAAGGACAAGAAGUCAACGGCCACCAAGAAAAGCCCUCGUAAGUCAACGGCAAAGAGUGGAGGCAGCAAGGCAAUGAGUAAGUCCAGUAUCAAGACCGGAAGCGACGACAAGGCUAAGCAAGAUGAUGAGAUUGCUACAGUUGAUCAGCCCUUGAGUGAUCGUGAUCCUCCUGUGGUAGAGGAUGAGGUAGAGCCAGCCAGAGUUCCUAGUCCUCUUACAGCCCUCAGACCAGGUACAGCAGCAAGACAGAGACUCAACAAGCUCCAAUAUAUCCAGGCUAUCACAGAGCCAACUGCUGUUGGCAUUGAAGAGGUGUUUGAUAUCCUACCCCUCUACGGCACCCUGCUUCCUGGCGAAUCUGACACAGUGACCUUCACCUUCUACGGUCAUGCAGAGAUAGGAUCAGAAGCCAAAGCUCUCUGCAAUGUCGAGGGUGGACCAUGCUACGAGCUUGAUCUCCAGGGGGAGGCAUCCAUUGUCCAGUAUGAGUUUGAUCUCAAGAAUAUUGAUUAUGGCAGACAGAUGUACGACCAUGUCUGCAUGGCCGAGAUUACCCUGAGGAAUACUGGCAAGGUGGAGUUUGACUUCAGGGCUUUGAACAUGGACCCAUCCACCAGCAGCAGACCUCUACCAGGGGUUCCCGUCAUGGUACCUCACACUGGCCAUGUAGAGGCCUUCAGCGAGCAUAAGCUACUGGUCAAGUUCCUGCCAGGAUACCCAGAAAAGUUCCACAAGAGCUUUGAGAUCCAAGUGGCCCACUUUGAGCCUGACUAGGCCAUCAACUUGUGUGGAGAGGGUGUGUUCCCACGUGUCUCCCUCGACCUCCCUCGCUUUCCCGAUGAAGAGGGGCUCUACUGCUCCCUCAUGAAGGAGGCUAAGGAGAACCUGGGACGGGAUGUCAGGAAGAAACCCCUCCCAUGUCCUGGAGGGUCUGGAUCCCCCAUCCCUUCCCCCACCCCAAGGGAUCCUUCCCAGGAGGAUGCCAAGAGUAUCAUGUCUCUUCAGAAUGAGUUCCCAUCUGAGCUGGAAUUCCAACUGGAGGUUGAGAGACUGCUCGUCAAGGAGUUUGCCAUCGAGUACCAGCAGCAGAAUGUGGUUCUAGACACUGACCGGUCAGCAACAGCUCUAGCCACCCCAGGAGCCUUGAUGGCUAGCGUCAUGACAUCAAGGAGUAAGAAGAAUGUCAAGGCAAAGGCCCGCCUGCCAGACUACAUGCUUGACUUUGGCUAUGUCGUCCUUGGUACCGUGCGAACACACAUCAUCCGUGCCACCAACACCGGCUACUUCCCUGUCUCGUUCUCCGCCGGGGUCUCCCUGGCUGGAACCGGGUUCAAUGUGGAACUGGACCGGGUGCGUCACCUCCCCGGGUUCCCGGACCAUGAGACGGUGGACUUUAGGGUCAGUUUUGACCCCCUUGGAUCUAACCUAGGACUAGGAGAUGUGGAAGCCUUGAUACCUAUUAAUAUUAUCAAUGGACCGUGUGUGUUCCUUCGUCUGCGUGCGUGUGUAACCAUGCCUGACAUGGAGAUCUCCACAGACUGUCUGGAGUUUGGAGAUGUCCAGUGUGGCCAGUGCAAGGUGGUGACCGUUCAGCUGCAUAAUCACAAGGAGGUCAAGUGCGAGUGGUCAUCACUGCCCACUGAGAAGGAGAAGAAGCUGCUUCUGGAGAAACAAAUGAAGGUUGAUAAGCACAUGCCUCUUCACUUGAGAAGGAAGUUGAAGCCUGCGAGAUCCAUUCCUCGUAAUUUUGAGAUGAUGCCUCCUACCGGCAUGCUGCUCCCAGGUCAAAGGAUCAAUGUCCAAGUCAAGUUCAUGCCUACAGAAGAGAAACUCUACUCGGAGCGUAUUACCCUGCGCAUCAACCAGAGCAGUCAGCGUCUAACCAUGAUGGCCACCGGCAUUGGCCUAGAGCCCAGACUAGAACUCAGUCAGUCCCUACUAGAGUUUGGACCUAUUCUACCCCACAGCGCAGGAGACGAGAAGGAAGUGAUUGUCAAGAACCCCUGUACCUUCCCUAUUGAGUUCUACUCUCUGGAGUUUGAUAAGCAGUAUCUAACUGAAGAGAAGAUGCUUCGCCUGAUGAAGGACUAUGACGAACAUGGCACCCUGCUCCUGCCUCCUCGUAUUCCAAGUGAGAAGCUCCCAACAGAGAUCCUAGAAUUCUAUGAGGAGCAGAAGAGACGCCUGGAGGAAGAGGAGGAGAAGGAGAAAGCCAAGGUGGAGGCUGAGCUUGCGGCCAGGGCAGCGGCAGCAGCAGCCUUGGAAGCAGGUAAAGGCGAAGGAGGUGAAGAGGGUCAGACUGCCACCCUCACUCCAGCCGCAUCAGCAGUUGGAGGUGUCGCAGUCACCCAGCCCUCUUCUACUGGCCACCAGCCUCCUGCUGCUACAGCUACUGCUUCAGUUGCUGAGGAUGGGGCGGGACAGGACGGUGAGAAGGACAAGACAGAGGCAGACAAACAGGAAGAGGAUGAUACUCAGGACAAGAAGGAUUCAUCCAGUACUGUUGGGGUUGGUGAGUUGAUAGAGAUCACGCCAGUCUCUGCAUCUAUUGCAAGGCAUCUUGGCAUAGACUUGUCUCCAGAGGGCAAGGCUGCUAUGAGGCGCAGAGGACUGGCCUUAGUGGUCCAUGGAGCACCUCUCUCUGGUAAAACCACCACAUCUAUUGCUUUGGCUAAGCACUAUGAGGCAGCUCUCCUCACCGUUGAUAGCGUCAUUCUGGAUGCUAUCUCAAAUGGCAACACUCCCGCAGGAUUGAAGGCCAGAGAGAUGUGUGCCCAGAUGGCCCGGGCUCAGCUUGCUAAGGAAGGGGAUGGCAGUGAGGCCCAGGCACAGGGUACAGGCGGAGCACUUAGCAUGGAGGCUGUCUAUCAGCAUACACAGGGACUCGGUGCCGCUUCAGGUUCUGUCAUGGGUGGGGGAGGUGCCCACUCUGUCAUUAGCAACCGAAAGACCAGCACCAUCUCCGGCCACAAACCUGCCCACAGCAUGGUUGCUGGCGAGGAUGGAGCUCCACCCCCGCCCCCGGCUAAGGCAGAGAAAUCUGACAAGAAAGACAAGAAGGGGGCCAAGCAAGAGGGUGAUACCACCACCCAACUGUCCAGCAGUCCCCCACCGGCUGCACCUAUUGCUAGGAGGUUGAGUGUGAGCGCCAGUGUAGCCGGAGAGGAAGGUCUGAUGAGCUGUAUAUUGCCUGAUGAACUGCUUGCUGAAAUCCUGGCUGAGCGGAUGCAGUUGAACGACUGUCACAAGGGUGUUGUCUUUGAUGGUCUAGAGACACUGUUUAGUCCUAACCAGACUACUACAGCCAAGGCUCUCCUCAGGGCAUUCAACAACAGGAAGUACAUCUACUUUGUCACACUCAAACUUGACCAGGUGGUUCUACAGGCCAGGGAGAAGAGGUUACAAGAAGAGAAAGAGGAACGUGAAAGGGAGGAGGAAGAGGAGGAGAGACAGAGGCUUGAAGAGAUGUCAGAGGAUGAGUAUGAUGCCUUGACGGAGGAGGAAAGAGCCGCCAUCGAUCGGAAGAGACUCAAAGCCAAAAAAGAAAGACUCCAAAAGAAAGAAAUGGAGGAGCGCCUUGAUAGAGAACGUAAGGAAAGGGAGCUUCUUGCCCUGAUGGAAGAGAAAAAGCUGGAAGAUGAUAAAGCCAAGAAGAAGAAGGGUGGUAAACCAGGAGACAAGGAUAGCACCAAGGGAGGUGGAGGACCCGGUGGACCGGGCCAGGCGAAGAAAGGACAGGAUGGCAAGGCAGCCAUAACCUCUAGCCAGGCAACCAUCAGGAAAGGACCCCCUGACCCCACCGCUCCAUCGGACCAUGCCCUGAAGGGGGUGCAGUCCGUUGCCACGGAGAGACCAGAGUCACACGGUACAGCAGGAAGCGAUCAGCCACAGGAUGAGGGAACAAAGAAAAAGAAGAAAGACAAGGGUCGUCCUAUUUCUAACGAGGUGGUCAUUGAGCCAGAGGUUGAGAGAGAUCCGGCCAAGGAGGCCGAGAUGCUGCUGAAUAGUCGCUUCAAGGCAUUUGAGCAUGGCAUGAAAGACAUUGAGAAGAUCCUGGCAAGAUGGGAAAGAACCACAGGUCAGAUAGUCCCAGACCCUUCAGGCGAUGACAUAGAAGCAGAAGAGACCCCUGCCCAUCCACCAUCAGGCAGGAAGGGCAAGACCAAAGCAGAGAAGGAGAAAGAAAAGGAGCGAGAGAGGGAACGGCAAGAAAGGGAGAGGCUUGAGAGGGAGAAGGCUGAAAAGGCUGCAGCCGAGUCUGGAGAGCAAGGAGAGACCAAGGAGGGUGAAGGGGAAGGCAAAGAGGGGGAAGAGAAGGAGCAGCUAGGAGUACCCAACAUCAUCAUCGAUGCCAGCGAGCCUGAUGACAUGAUGGGUCAGAAGAUCUUGGACAUUGGUCAGCUGCCAUCCUGCCAGGAGGUCUUAGAUGGUCUAGGUUUAGGACCAAGUGGUCCACCCAUCCCACCUCCGGCAUCAUUCUCUGUUAUACCAUACCCUGUCAAGCGUAAGCCGCCCCUUGGUUUUGAUCCGAUGGGACACUACUACUUUGUGGCCAAUGGUCCUGAUGAUCCUAAUAUUGGACAAGAAGAGAAACCCAAAGAACCUGAGGUAGAUCCAGAAGCAGCCACACCAGACAAAGGACACAACAAGGAUGACUUUUCUACCCCUACCGGUAAGAAAGGCAAGGACAAGCUCCGGCCUGGAGCUGAGAGCACCGGGUCACGCCGCCGCUCUGCAAAAGGUUCCCGCAACCGCAAGGGAUCCAUCAGCGUGGCCUCCCCACCUCCAGGAACCACCACCCCUGGAUCAGACUUUGAUGGGCAAAGCAGUACCACUGGGGAUAUGAACAUGCAUGACUCCAAGAAUGUCAGACUUACAAUCUUCAGGUGGACCGUGCCAGCCGAGGGUGAGGUCACCCUUAAGCUGCGCUUCCAGUCUGACGAACUUGGUCAGUUUGACCAGACACUCAAUUUUGAGAUCGUUGGCACCAGGAGACGCUAUCAGCUCUUCUGCAGAGGUGUGUGUGCCUUCCCCAAUAUCAGCAGAGAACCAAGAAUUGUGUUUCCACAUCGCAAGAAGAGCAAGAAGGCGGAUGAGAUCGUCCACAAGAAGUACAUCCUGAGCACUGAGCUCCUUCAAAUGGGACCGCUCCUGGCGGGCAAGACAAGGGACCGCUACAAGGAGGGCAAGUAUCCAGAGAACAUGGAAAAACUGACAAUCAGCAACACCUCACCCCUUGAGGCAGAAAUGACCUUCUGCUUCCAACAUGAUGGUAACGGAACCACCUUCUUGCUGGAUCCACCCACCAUGGUGCUCAAGCCUAAUCAGACACAGGAAUUGACCAUCUGGGCCUAUCCAAAGAACCAGGGUUACUUUGAGGACACCAUAGUCUGCUGUAUCAAGGAAAAUCCAGAACCUGUCCAGUUCAAGAUUGGUUGCUACGGGGUCAGACCAGAGCUAGAACUUGACAAGAAACAACUCCACUUUGAGAAAGUUCUGCUUCAUCGGAAAGACACCAAGACCAUCUAUCUCCGUAACAGCACCCUCCUACCUGUGGCAUGGAGGAUCAGUGGACUGGAGUCUCUUGGUGAUGAUUUCUCAGUCAGUACUGACAGUGGUGUCAUUGAACCCAAAUCUGAGUUUGCCCUCAACGCCCACUUCAGGGCAAUGAAACCAGUCAACACCAAGAAGAUGAUCCGUCUUGAGGUAUCGGAUGUUGAGAACAUUAUGGGUCUUCUGCAGACAGAGAACAUCCAGGUUCUGGCUGAAGCCUAUGAUGUAGCCCUGGACAUGAGCUUCCCCAAGGGGGCCGAUGGUGGUCUGGACUUUGGGGUUAUCAGGGUCAUGGAUGAGACCAAACAGACUUGUUCUCUCAAGAACAAAGGCAGAUAUGAGAUUGCAUUCAGCUUUAUCUUGGAGGCCACUCCUACUAGUGGGGAGGAGAUAAUUAACUUGUUCUCCGUCAUCCCAGCCAAGGGGGUCCUGAUUCCCAAUGAUAGACCAACCCAGGUCCAGGUCAUCUUUAAGUCUAGGAAAGAGAUCACCAUCAAAGACCAGCCAAUCCUCAAGUGCCAGGUGAUUGAGCCCAACUUAAAAGACGGUGGAGAGACCAUUGCCAGUAUCCCUGUCAAACUCAGCGUCAGAUCAAUCUUCAGCAAGUAUAACAUCUACCCCAUUAACGAUAUCAACUUUGGGGCAGUUCUUGUCAAUCAGCGUAAGCCACGAACCUUUCAGAUUGAGAACAAGGGAGAAUUUGACUUCAAAUACACCAUCAACCGUAUGGUGCGUGACAUGCCUAUACAGCCAGCCAUGAUGCGAGGAAGAGCUGGAUCAAGAGCAUCCAAAGUUUCCAUGUCAAUGUCUAUGUUGAGACCACCCGGCACUAACAAGCGUAGCAAGUCGAGGGAUGGAUCAAGUUCUGGUCGGUCAGUGGCCAAACCCAAGAGGGCGGAGUCCAUCAGAUUAUCCACCAGACAAGACGUUGGUGGGGCAGGCGGUGGAGGAGGUGGAGGCGGCGGUGGUGGUGGCGGUAGUCAGACCCGUCUCCAACUGGGGAUGUUCACUGUUUAUCCAGCCUAUGGUCUGGUCUCUCCCAACAACCAGGCCACUGUCAGUGUUGACUGCCUGCCGGAAGCUGUCGGCUCUGGACUGGAGGAUCUUGCCAUUGAGAUCUCAGACCGUGACCCAGCCGAUCACCCGCAGGGUAUCCCGUACAAGCUGAUGGCUGAAGCCUGCAUCCCUGGCAUCAACCUGACAGACCUUGGCUCUAUCUUUGAGGAACAUCGCAUCGUCAAGAACCUUAGUGUCUUCCUCAACACCCAUCAGCUGGAGCUUGAUGGAGGAGGAGUCUUCGGGGAAGACGAGAACAAGUUCAUCUUUGGUCAUGUGCUGGUUGGGCGAAAGGCCAAGGCCCGCUUCAAGAUCUCCAAUGCCUACAAGGUAUCUUGCGAUGUGCUGUUCUCUUGCAAGCUCCAGACCAGUAAGCCUUCAUCUAAGCUUCAGGAUAUCUUUGACGUUGAGCCAGCAAGGGCGGCCAUCCCAGCUCAUGGCAGUGUCUAUGCCACAGUUACUUUCUCACCUCCUUCCAUGCAGACAUACACUGGUCAGUUUGAGGUGGCCAUUGAAGGCCUCAGUGGACCUCAGGCCAAGCUGCGUAACCUGUCCUUUGAGGUCCAGGGAGAGGGCAACUUGCCCCGUGUGACUGUCCUCAAACCUUCUCUGAGGAAUAAGAAGGGUGUACCCCUUCUCCUCUUCACCCGUCUACUCAGUGGCAGAUCCCAGACUCUGCCCCUCUGCCUUUCAAACGAUGGAACCUUGCCAAGCAAAGUUGAUAUUGAUCUAGAGGACACAUCAGGUUCAUUCAAGCUUCAGAGUUCAGCUCAAACCAAGCUCAUUUACCCAACAUACAGUGAUACUCUGCUAUCAGAAGCUGACUCCACCAAGAAGCACCCUCAUGCUGCCUCCCUCAUCAUCCAGCCCAACGAGAAGUCAGAGUUCAACGUGGUCUACACCGCCUCCAGCACCGGCCGCAGUGCUGCCCAGGUCCGCAUCACUGUCACCGACAAUCAGUUUGAGAACCAGCUCAUCCAGCUGGUUGGGGAGAGUUACGUUGACGAUGUUACAUUGGACAACAUCCAUAGUCUGGUUACUGAGGAGACCUUAGAUGGGGCGGUGGAGGAAGAGCAAAUUGCUGCUGCUCCAUCCAACCAUAUCCACUUUGGUGACUGUCACAUCAAUGAUGCCCGCCAGCUCUCUUUCACCAUGACCAAUCAUAGUCAGACUGACACUAUCCGGUUCCACUGGCCAGAGAACCAUCCACAGCUUAAGUUCUCUCCGGCCAUUGGUCAUCUUCAUGCUGGUUGUGCCAAGGAUGUGGUCAUCACAUUCAAGACCACCACUGCUGUCAAUCUGACCAAGGCUUCUGUGGCAUGCAAGAUGUCCAAGAUCAACUUUGAUAAGCCAGUUGAUCAGGUAAUGGACUGGGAUGACCGCUUGCGAACAGUCAGGUGGGUAGACCUGCCCGUUGCAAAUGCCCGUCCAGCUACCUCCAGUGAGCAGACUGGCGGUCGGCCUCGAUCUACCCAGGACCAGAAGAGGGAGGAUCGGGAAAGCAGGAAGGACAAGAAGGGUGCCAGCAAUGCAGCUGCUGCUGCUGCCGCCGCCGCUGCUGAGGCAGCAGAGAAGGAGAGGAAUCAGGAGGAGAUGAGACGGAAGAUGAAUGCUACGCAGGAAGUGACACGACCUACCAAAAAGAAGGUGAUUGAGACAGAGCCAGAGCCUACCCACUCUGUCAAGGAAGACUCUAGCCGUGAAAUAGAACUCAACGUCAGUGCCAAUGCAGACUUCUGCAAGUUCAAGUGCAAGACUGAGGCUGUUCACUUCAAAGACACACUCAUGUUCCAGACCAGGAUGUUCUCGUUCAUUGUGACCAACAAAGGAACUGUUGAGCUUCCUUUCAGUUGGCAAGUGGUCAUGGAGGAUGAGGUUGCACAACACAAGAGUGUCAGCUUUGCUGAUGGUGAGCAGAUGAGGCUCCCAUCCCGCUGCAGUACCUCCACAGACGGCACAGUAGAUGUAUACCCCUUCACCGUAGAGCCUGACAUGGGGUCUAUUGCACCAGGCAAGAAGCAAAACUUCAAGGUCAAGUUUGCUCCCUUGGAUAUCAAGGACUAUGAAGGCAGGCUCAUCUGCAGGGUGCCUAACCUGGAAGAGGGCAAGCAAGGACCAGUCCUGGCAGUCAAGGGCAAGAGUGUGAUGCCCUACUGCCACUUUGAUCUGGAGGAUUCGGACUACAUCACUGGAGCCAGACGCAACCCAGAGCUACCUGGACCAGGAGGGGCUCCACCUGGAUCCACCCUGGAUCCCAACACCAGGGUCCUGGAGAUGGUCUCUGUCGGUGUGCAGGUGCGCAACACACGUCACUUCUUCAUUGUGAACCCAACGGCCACGGCUUACACCUUCAUGUGGACGUGUGAGGAUGAAGAGGACCCCAAGAAACCAAUUGUAUUCCAAUGUCUCACUACAGAAGGACAGGUGGCAUCUGGCAAGAAGACACAGGUGAGCUUUGAGUUCUUGCCGAACCAGCUUGGUGUCGUGGAGUCUUUCUGGAGGUUCACCAUCCCCGAGCAGAACAUCUCCGUCCCAUUCCUCUUGGUAGGUGACGCCCACGAACCUGCCGUCUCUACCGACAGAUCCCACAUCAACUUCAAGUCAAUGCUUCUUGGUAAUGAGGCCUAUGAGAGGAUUUUCCUGAUCAAUAACGAGGCUAGAGCGUUUGAUUUUGAGAUCAACGAGACGUCUUGUCACUCGGAAGCAUUCUCUUCAAGGCUUCACUUGACUCCCAUGAAGGGUACCAUCCUACCAAAUGACAGGAUCCCCAUUGAUGUCUCCUUCACCCCUCAUGAGGAGAAGGUGGUCAACUUCAACGUUCAGAUUCAGGUCCGGAAGAAGACCCUGCCAAUCUGUCUCAAUGUCAAAGCCGAGGGCUACUCCAUGAACUGCAUCGUCCAGUGUGAAGACUCUACCGGUCAGAAGAAAGAUCUGUCUAGUUCUGGCAUCAAUUGUAUUGAUUUUGGAGAGAUUGAGGUGAACGAGAAAGCAGUACGUUCUCUGUACAUCAUCAACACCGGCAAGUUCAACUUUGACUUUGAAUGGAUCUUAAAGGAAGAGACCAAAGGAAACAACUCUAAGCUCUUGAGUAUCUCACCAGAGUUUGGUGGUGUUCCCUGCAAUGAUCGUAAGCGUAGCGUCCUGGCAUUCAAACCCACGUACAAGACAACCCUCAGAGGAUGUGAGCUUAUUUGUAAGAUUGCCAAUGGUCCAUCGUACGAGGUGAAGAUCGUAGGUCAUGGGGUUGCCCCCGGUCUUCAUUUCUCCUUCCCUCAGUAUGACUUUGGACCAUGUUUCAUCCAUCGAGCUGGAAUGCCUACCCACUCUAAGACACUGACACUCACCAACAGAGACAGCAAAGACAUCAGUGUUGAUUGCCUGUAUACAAGCACAUCCCACCUACAUCUCCAGUUUGAUGCAACGGUGUUGUCACCAGGAGAGAGCAAGGAUAUCACCUUUACAUUCUAUCCUAGAGAAACAAUCAGAUAUCAUGAGAUCAUUCAGUUUGAGCUCAAUGGAUUAUCUCGCACACAGGUCGAGAUCUUUGGUCUUGGGACCGAGAUGCGAGUGGAGGUGGCCAACUCUAAGGACCGCAUCGUCAGCUUCGGGGCCUUGCGCAUCGGCCAGGUGAUCAAGAGAACUGUUCCUAUCAUCAACAACAGCCCUGCUCCUCUGUCUUUCAACGUAGCCAUCACACCUCUCAACCCCAUCCUGCAGCAGGUACCCAACGUCUUGAAACUGGCUCCCUCCCAGGAGAUUAGCCUCAAGGCCAAGGGUGGGGCCUCACAGCUAGAGCUGGUCUUCAGUCCCAAGUGCCGCAUCCCACAGUUCACGGAAGAGAUUAUGUUGGAGUGUGCAGGUCUUUCUCAACCUCUAUUGGUGGUGACAGGAUCCUGCCAGGGAAUCGAGAUCAAUCUGGACCAGGAAUCCAUCCCGUUUGGAGCCGUGGUCCUCAAGAGCAGUACCACCCGCAAGCUUCUCAUGUACAACACGGGAGACGUCGGCGCUGCAUUCAAAUGGAAUGCAGACAAGUUUGCCCCUGAUUUUGCCAUCAGCCCAUCGGAGGGUUAUAUCUCACAAGGAAUGACAGUGACCUUUGAGGUCAAGUUCCAACCAACCAAAGUUUGCCAGGAUAUCAGAUACGAUAAACUGAGCUGCAGAAUCGAGGGAGGACGCCCUCUCAAGUUGGUCCUGACUGGCAUGUGCGUCGGCUGCCAGCCACAGAAGGAGAUCCUUCACUUCAGCACCCACGUCCGUGUCAAGGAUACGCGCAGCCUGACCCUCCACAACCGCACCAAUCAGCGAUGGGAACAGCUCCGGCCGGUGAUAGAGGGGGAACACUGGACAGGUGCUGAGGCAAUCACUGUGGAACCCCAACACAGCAAAGCCUAUGAGCUCAUCUACAGGCCUCUGGUCAUGACAGCCGAGGGCAAGAAACAUACGGGCAGUGUAUUCUUUGCUUUACCUGAUGGCUCAGGAUUGAUGUACAACAUGGUAGGUGUGUCUGAACCACCCAAGGCUGCAGGAAACAUCACCAGGGAUAUCCCGAGUAAAACACACUACACAGAGAGCCUUUCUGUCUCCAACUGGCUGAAGAGACCGCAAAGAUUUAAGGCCAGUAUUGAGAUGAUCAAACCGGACAAACUAGAUCCAGCUACCACUCUGAAGGGCCUGGAUUACAUUGAUGUUCCAGGUCUUAGCAAGAGGGACUACAAACUCAACUUCUUCUGCCACAAAGAGGCAUCUUAUGCUGCAAAGAUCUUAUUCCGUAAUGAGCAGACCAACGAGUUCCAGUUCUACUACAUCACCUUCAAGAGUACGCCACCGGGUAUCAUUGACAUGGUGGAGAUGAGCACACCGGUCCGUCUGAGUACCUCCCACACCAUCACCCUUGAGAACCCCCUGUCAUUGCCUGUCACCUUCCAGACUAACUGUGCCAUCAAUGAUAUCAUGGUCCCGCCUCAGCUUAUUGUGCCUCCACAAUCAGAGGGUGUCUUGAACUUCGAGUAUCUUCCUCUCAAGACCGGUGAGGUCUCCGGCAAGAUGACCCUAGCCAGCAACGAGCUAGGACAGUACGCAUAUGACCUUCAGCUGACCGCCACAGCAGCAGGGCCAGAGAAGGCUGUCUUCUUCAGGGCUUCACUGGGUGGGAACCAUACACAGACUACAAAGUUUACAAACUUUGCCAAAGUGAAGACUGAAUAUUCUUGCAAGAUUGACAACAAUGACUUUCACUGUGAUAAGAACAUCACUGCUGCUCCAGGAUCCGGUGGUGGUAGUGAGGUCAGCUUUGACAUCAACUUUGAACCUUCACGUCUGGGCGAGACUCGCGGCACCCUCACCCUCCACUCCCCCCUGGGUGGGGAGUACACCUUCCCUCUCUUUGGCACCUGCAUUGCCCCCAAGCCCCAGGGGCCAUACACCAUCAAGGCUGGCUCCACCACCUCAAUCCCCUUCAGGAAUAUCUUCUCCCACACCACCGCCUUCAUCUUCCAGGUGGACAACCCUUCCUUCUCCUGCAAGACAGGAGACCAGGUCCGGGGCAAGAAGACCCACAACAUCAUCAUUGGCUACGAGGGCAACAAUGACGGUACCAAGGCACCCAAGAUGGGCAAGCUGGUGGUGACCUGUGCCAGAUCUGCAGGAGGUGCUGCCAACGUAUCCUGGACAUACUAUCUAAAAGGCAUCACACCUUGAAGAACUAGCAUAGAUGUAACAAGGAUGCUAUUUUUCAAGCCAAUGCCUCAAUUUAGCUCUUGUUACUAUACUUGAAACUGUUAAGUUUGCAUAGUAUCCUAUAUAUUAAUUGUCAAGAAUUCUGAUCAGUUCUAACCCUGAUACGAGGUUUGGACCAAGCACACCUACAGGAGAUCACUAGUGGAUCAUUCUAAGAUAAGAAUGGUAGUCUCCAAUUGUUUUUCAUGCCAGCAUAUGCAACUUGCUUUAAAUUAGUGGCAAUGCCAGGGCUUUGACUUUUGGUUCUGUCCCUUGCUAUCAUCACACUUCAACAUGAUGUGUCUCACUAUAUGCCCACCACAUGCCUUUUUACCAUGUAUUCCUCUUCUUCAUCUGCAAUCAGUUGUUAUCUCUUUACCAUUUUUCUUCCG